GAAUGUUUACUAAGUACCUAAUGCUAAGCUGAAACGAAGAAUUAGGAUCUUGAAAUCUCUUUCUCAAUGCACAAUCAUGACUAGAUCUAGCACUAGGUCUUUGCAGUUAUUAUUAAUUUUCAGAUUAUUGUUGAUUUUUACAAAACUGAGUUAUAUUGCAAGCCUAUCUUUAACUAUUGGAACUUGUAAUUUAUGGAAUGUUAUGUUCAAUUGGAGAGUAAGAGUUCAACAUAUCGCUGAACUUAUUAAAGAAAAUGAAAUUGACAUAAUGGCAUUCCAAGAGGUGCGUCAGACAGUUUUGAAAACAUAUCCAGCUACAUCACAACUAGAUGAGUUUAAAAGUUUACUGCCAGAAUUUAAAUGGACUUUCUCAAGGGUUGCAGGAGAAGUAUCUAAGCCAUUGAAUUCUUAUUGGUAUGAAUGGAAUAAAGAAGGUCUUGGCAUAUUAAGCAGAAAACAAAUCAUAGCAUCCACUGUGAUCAAUUUUACAAGUGUUGGACAGACGGAUACAAAUCCAAGGAUAGCGCUACAUGUUAAGAUUAGGUUGGAUCCUUCCACUUUUGUCAAUGUUAUUGUGGUGCACUUUUCAUAUGAUAGACAUCAACAAUGUUCAAAUGCUGAAGAACUUAUGAGGUACAUCUCCACACUGGAACUUUUCAAUGUAAUAAUACUUGGUGACUUCAAUGCUUACACUGACUUUCCUGGACCAAUGGACAUGUUUACAUCCAAAAGGCAGUCCUCCUGCUUUAUUAAACGCUACCCCAAUUUAAGUUAUCUUAUAGGUACUUUCAAGGAUGCCUGGAUUUCCUUUGAUAGUCAUGAUUCUACAGGUUUCACUUUCAGUAACAUGCCAGAGCCAGGACUUGUGAAUAGACCAGACCGAAUUAUCAUUUCCAAAAAUUUAACAGUGAAGCAAAUAAGUGUAACAGGCAAUGGACUGGCAUAUAAAAAUAAUUUGUAUACCUCUGUUUUAAGAAAUAGAGCUUUAACUGUGAUACAGACAUCAUAUGAUUCUUUCAUGGGAAGGCAUGGCUAUUCAUGCUUUCAUGACUGCGGCCCUCAUGGUUCAUGCCGCUGUGGAGUUUGCAUACAUGGAGGGAAUAAACUAAACUGUAACAUUCCAGACUGUAAUGAAUGUACAAGUUGGGUGUUUCUUCUUUUCUUGUUCUUUGUGGUUUCCUUUUGUGUUGCGGUGGUAACUCUUUUUUACUCAAUGGUCAAAGCCCUGGUUGUCUCAUCCCGAUUCAAUCAAGAGCUUGUCUGGGACAUUCUAGGCUACAGAUGCUGUUUAUUCAACAAAGGACUAUUUCUCAAGAUAGACAUAGUACCUCGUAAAUACAAGUCCAAGAUGGCCAGCUUCUUUGUUAUUUGUAGGUUGCCUCCCUUUGUACUAAUGUUUUUAAUGUCCAUUUAUUUAUUUUCUUUGCUUUGUUUUUUUAAUGUAAUAUUUAAUGACAGCAUUAAUUUAAUUUAUUCUGUGUUACCUGAAGAAAUGUUUCCAUCUGACCAUUUAAUGGUUUUUACAAAACUAUCAUUAUAAUCUAUAAACCAUGUUUUUUUUUUAUCAUACUUCAGUUGUAAUUAACAUGGAAAUGUUAGAAAUAUAUUAUUCAUGAUUACAAAACUGUGAUAUAAAAUCUGCGUAUUUGUGCAACUCAUUUUGUACUGAUGGCAGCUUGUUGUUUAAUGUUGAAAGUCAACAAUCAUACUCACUAUGAUAAAGAAUACAAAUAUAUUGGAGAAUAGGAAACCUUAAAUAAUAUAAGCUUCCACAAUAAAAUACUUUUACAUUUUCAACAUUGACAAAAUGGACUUUUUUGUUACAUACAUGGCCUAAAUUGUGCCAAAAUAUUAAAUAUAAUAUGAGAUGACAAAUGAGGAUUUUUUGUAAUCUUUUUAACCAUAAUUACUGGUAACUAUUACACUUGUGUAUUCAUUCUUUUGGUGGCGCAUUCUGCCUACAAUUUUAAGCAGUACAUAAUGAAAAAUAUUACUUUAACCAUGUUUUUAAAAAUGGUUUAUACAUCUGUGUAUAUAAUAUGCACAACUUAUAUUAAAAACAAAAGCAUACCAGUACUUUUUCAUAGGAUUUAGCCAGUGCAGCUAUUUCAAAUCUGAUGAUAAUGGAGUCCUAGUUCAUUCUCAUUAUUGCUAUGGAGUAUAUAUAAUGCAUGUUCUGAUGUAACUAUAAAAAAGGUGGGCGAUGGUUUGGUUGCGUAGGCUGAAAAGAUUCUAUUGAAAUCAUGAAGAGGUCUGUGGUUCAAGUUUAUAAACACUGGUGUGAAAGUUGAAGAUGGGAGAACAAGUGAAAGACACGUCACUGAAGGAGCUGUAUUGUUUAGUGAGUUACAUCUUGUUAUGUCAUUUUUAACUUGUUGAAUCUGUGUAUAUUGUUAAUAAAAGUUACAUUAA